AUGACCCAUGCACAACAGAAGGACUCUCUGAGCAGAUACCACCCCGGUGACUCCUGGGAGCAGGUAGGGGGGCUGCCACAUGCUGAGGCCAUGGUGGGGGUAGGCCGGCCUGAUUGCCCAAAACUAAAAAGAGGGAGGCCCAAGAAGAUCAAGAGGGGCCGAGCGAAAGAGCGCAAGGAUCAGAGAGUGGUGGAGAAGAAGGAGGAGGAGAAGGAUAGGAAGCUGUACCCUCUCAGGGCCAGGACACUGGAUCUAUGUGAGGGGGACACCCUCGACUGUCGCGUCCUUCUCACCCGUCUGGAGGAGAGCAGUGAUGAGGACAAGGCGAGCUGCUUGAAGGGUCGAAUCGAGACCAAAGAAGAAGGGAGCCGUAACCUGGUGCGUGGAAGAACCAAGCCCUGCAAUUCUAGACAAAAUACCUUCAAAGCUUAUCGGCAAUUGCAGGAACCAAACAAACAAUCAAAAGUGUUAUGCACAUUACCUGUCGUGGAGCCUCGCAAACGGAGAAUGGCCUCUCUCAAUGCGGAGGCUGUGAAUAGUCUGCUCUUAUACAGAGAAUAUCGUCAACGGACCAGACUCACAAAUAAUCUGGCAAAAGAUUUAGUAAUUUUGGGACACAACACCCCAAGGGGUCCCAAAGUGGCAAAGUCGGACAUUUAUGUAACUGGAAGUUCCAAACAAAACAAAAAGUCUAUGAAGAUGGAGGACGUGGAUCUGCUGAGUCUGUACGGUCCCACCCCCAGGCGUCAAGCCAGCCUCAACGCCACUGCUUUGCUCAAGAUCACCAGCACCUCCUUCAAAGCCAAACACCGGGUGGCCAAGACCAACUGCAUGCAACUGAGUGCGGUACUGAGGACCAAACAGUCGCUGCACCCCAAGCUAAAGAAACAGCAGCAUCAUAAACUCCAACACUGGCAAUCCCAGACCCAACCACAGCUGGUUCAAAGAUGCUGUAACCUCUAUAAGAGGGAGUCAUUCCACCCCGAACCCCAGUGGGAGGGGAUUACAGGGGGGAACGGCUCCAUCAGAUCUGGCUUCCAGUGUCGAGCCUUGCUGGGCUACCCGAUGAAGUCUGUGAAGGAGGAGCAGGUCGAUACCCAGGUGACUCCUUCUUUCUACUGCUGCUCCCAAGAAAGGUCAGUGGAGUACUGCCACCGACUGGCCCAGUUCCUCAACCAGAAGAGCUUCGAUGAUGACAAACUUGAGGAUCGUUCGCUCUCCAAGUGCUACCUCCCCUCUCCCCGUUCCCUGGCCCACCCACAUGCCCUAACCAUAGGCCCCCACCAUUACCCGUGUUACUCGGGCUACUAUGUCCACGUUGCCCACCAUGAAACCCCCUCUACCCACAUGACCUCAGUGAGCUCCAGCCCCAUGCCCUACCCGCCCUCCUCUGUGGCCCCCAUAACGUUGUGCCCUGGUGAGGUCCAGAACCCCAAGCUGCUCUCCCCGACAGACUCUCACCCCUCAGGAAUCGCCCACCCGGUCUACUGCUAUGGAGAACCCUGCCAAAUCAGUGGCUACGCAUAUAGAGCAGUACCGACCCUAGCCAGCAAGAGGUGCUGUUAUAACGCAGGCUGUUCCAGCUGCAGCCACAAGAUUAAAAUGGGUAAGGGGAGGCAGAAAUGCCUAUAUAUACAGUCACCUCCAAAAUUAUUAGCACCCUUGAUAAAGAUGAGCAAAAAAUACUGUAUAAAAUAAAUGAUAUAAAUAUUGAGCUAUAUUGUAUGCUUAAUUUAAAAAUAAAUAUUAUUAUAUACAAAUACAAUUGCUCAGAGAAAGAGAUUUUGUUAAACAAGUAAGUAAAACAAGUAAAUUAUUGGCACCUCAAAAGAUUAUUAUAAAUAACAUCUAACGAAAUAAAAUCUGCAGUAACAUUCUACUUUUUUAAGUUAAUCUCAGUUUAAGGAACUGUAUUGUGGCCUUCCAUGGCUUCCUAUAUGUAAAAUCCCUUUGUCAUUCAUCAUGUGAAAAGGCAAACUACUCAUAAAUGAAAAGAGAUAAAUGGUUGUUGACCUUCAUAAAUCAGGCAAUGGGUAAAAAAAAGCUAAAAAUACUAAUAUAACACUUAACACUAUUAGGGCAACAAUUAAGAAGUUUAAAACCAAUGGAACAGUGGUAAACUUGCCUGGUAUCUUGUCCCCACGCACAGUGAGGAAGAUGGUUCUGGAGGCAAAGAAAAAUCCAAGGGCCAAAGUUGGAGAAUUACAUUCACCACAUCCAUACCAAUAUGCUCUUUGGAAGGGUUGCCAAAGGAAAUCCUUUAUUAAGAGCAACCAACAAUUGUAAAUGGGUUUGGACCCAGUGCUAUGGUCAGAUUACAUGAAAAUAGAGCUCUUUGGCCACGCACACCGGUGGUGGGUUUGGAGACAAAACAAGGAUGCAUAUUCAGAAAAUAACCUCAUACCCAGCUAGCACAUAACGUUCUGAGAACCAUAUGUUUCGUAGGGCUUGGUGAGAGUGUGGUUAUCCUUUGGUUAUUUUGCAUACAACCAUCCCACAAUAAUUUUCUUGGUAUUUUAUUACUUUAACAGAAGUUUCCUAAAAGUUCAAACAUGGUUGGAUUUGAUUUUGAUUUUGAUAAUGUUUUAGGAAUGUUCUACAACUGGUAUGAAAAAAGUAUGAAAAUGUAUGCACUCACUAACUGUAAGUCACUCUGGAUAAGAGCGUCUGCUAAAUGACUAAAAUGUAAAAAUGUAAAAUGUUUGACAUUGGGAAUUUCUCACAUUGUUCUGAGAACGUUAAGAAACAACGUCCUUCUGUGGAAAGUAAUUCAGUAAUUCAGCAUAACAUUUCCUACAGGUUUCCUCAUGGUUCUUUUUAAAGUCAUGUUCUCAAAUUGUUCUGAGAACAUUAAGAAAACUUUCCAUAAAAAAAACACAAGAAAACGUUAGUAACGUCCAGAGAACGUUCUAAGAAUGUUAUUUAAAAACAUGCAUUCCAUUCUCAGAAUGUUAAAACUUUCCAUAAAAAACACAAAACUUUAUUAACAUUCAGAGAACGUUCUAAAAAUGUUAUUUAAAAACAUAUACAUUCCGUUCUCAGCAUCAACAAAACUACAUGUAUCUCUAUCCUCUAUCUUGUGUCGUGACGUGACUUACUUUAAUUCAUUGACUGUUAUUUAUCGAAUCACCUAACUAUGUUUAAUUGUCAGUCGAUUAAAUUAAUCAUGUAACAACUAACUCAUUAGGAAUUUGGGGCACCACGGAAUAAGUUGUUUAACGAGUUAUCAUAUCCCAAAUUAAACUCUUAGAUAUACAGUGGGGGAAAAAAGUAUUUAGUCAGCUACCAAUUGUGCAAGUUCUCCCACUUAAAAAGAUGAGAGAGGCCUGUAAUUUUCAUCAUAGGUACACGUCAACUAUACAGACAAAUUGAGAAAAAAAAAUCCAGAAAAUCACAUUGUAGGAUUUUUAAUGAAUUUAUUUGCAAAUUAUGGUGGAAAAUAAGUAUUUGGUCACCUACAAACAAGCAAGAUUUCUAGCUCUCACAGACCUGUAACUUCUUCUUUAAGAGGCUCCUCUGUCCUCCACUCGUUACCUGUAUUAAUGGCACCUGUUUGAACUUGUUAUCAGUAUAAAAGACACCUGUCCACAACCUCAAACAGUCACACUCCAAACUCCACUAUGGCCAAGACCAAAGAGCUGUCAAAGGACACCAGAAACAAAAUUGUAGACCUGCACCAGGCUGGGAAGACUGAAUCUGCAAUAGGUAAGCAGCUUGGUUUGAAGAAAUCAACUGUGGGAGCAAUUAUUAGGAAAUGGAAGACAUACAAGACCACUGAUAAUCUCCCUCGAUCUGGGGCUCCACGCAAGAUCUCACCCCGUGGGGUCAAAAUGAUCACAAGAACGGUGAGCAACAAUCCCAGAACCACACGGGGGGACCUAGUGAAUGACCUGCAGAGAGCUGGGACCAAAGUAACAAAGCCUACCAUCAGUAACACACUACGCCGCCAGGGAGUCAAAUCCCUGCAGUGGCCAGACGGGUCCCCCCUGCUUAGCCAGUAUGUCCGUCAAGCCAGCCUCAAUGCCAGCUUGCUCAGAUCACCAGCACUCUUAAAGGCCAACAACGGGUGGCCAAGACACUGCAUGCACUGAGCGGUACUGGGACCAAACGUCGCUGCAACCCCAAGCUAAAGAAAACAGCAUCAUAAACUCCAACAUGGCAAUCCCAGACCCAACCACAGUGGUUCAAAGAUGCUUACCUCUAUAGAGGAGUCAUUCCACCCCGAACCCCAUGGGAGGGAUUACAGGGGGAACGGCUCCAUCGAUCUGGCUUCCAGUGUCGAGCCUUGCUGGGCUACCCGAUGAAGUCUGUAAAGAGGAGCAGGUUCGAUACCCAGGUGACUCCUUCUUCUACUGCUGCUCCCAAGAAAGGUCAGUGGAGUACUGCACACCAGUGGCCCAGUUCCUCAACCAGAAGAGCUUCGAUGAUGACAAACUGAGGAUCGUUCGCUCUCCAAGUGCUACCUCCCCUCUCCCGUUCCCUGGCCCACCCACAUGCCCUAACCAUAGCCCCCACCAUUACCCGUGUUACUCGGGCUACUAUGUCCACGUUGCCCACCAUGAAACCCCCUCUACCCACAUGACCUCCGUGAGCUCCAGCCCCAUGCCCCUACCCGCCCUCCUCUGUGGCCCCCAUAACGUUGUGCCCUGGUGAGGUCCAGAACCCAACGCUCUCCCCGACAGACUCUCACCACUCAGGAAUCGCCCACCCGGUCUACUGCUAUGGAGAACCCUGCCAAAUCAGUGGCUACGCAUAUAGAGCAGUACCGACCCUAGCCAGCAAGAGGUGCUGUUAUAACGCAGGCUGUUCCAGCUGCAGCCACAAGAUUAAAAUGGGUAAGGGGAGGCAGAAAUGCCUAUAUAUACAGUCACCUCCAAAAUUAUUAGCACCCUUGAUAAAGUUUUGAAAAAUAUUGUAUAAAAUAAAUGAUAUAAAUACUGAGCUAUAUUGUAUGCUUAAUUUAAAAAUAAAUAUUAUUAUAUACAAAUACAAUUGCUCAGAGAAAGAGAUUUUGUUAAACAAGUAAGUAAAACAAGUAAAUUAUUGGCACCUCAAAAGAUUAUUAUAAAUAACAUCUAACAAAAUAAAAUCUGCAGUAACAUUCUAAUUUUUUAAGUUAAUCUCAGUUUAAGGAACGUAUUGUGGCCUUCCAUGGCUUCCUAUAUGUAAAAUCCCUUUGUCAUUCAUCAUGUGAAAAGGCAAACUACUCAUAAAUGAAGAGAUAAAUGGUUGUUGACCUUCAUAAAUCAGGCAAUGGGUAAAAAAAAAGCUAAAAAUACUAAUAUAACACUUAACACUAUUAGGGCAACAAUUAAGAAGUUUUAAAACCAAUGGAACAGUGUUAACUUGCCUGGUAUCUUGUCCCCACGCACAGUGAGGAAGAUGGUUCUGGAGGCAAAGAAAAAUCCAAGGGCCAAAGUUGGAGAAUUACAUUCACCACAUCCAUACCAAUAUGCUCUUUGGAAGGGUUGCCAAAGGAAAUCCUUUAUUAAGAGCAACCAACAUUGUAAAUGGUUUGGAACGAGUGCUAUGGUCAGAUUACAUGAAAAUAGAGCUCUUUGGCCACGCACAAACCGGUGGUGAGUUUGGAGACCAAAACAAGGAUGCAUAUUCAGAAAAGAACCUCAUACCCAGCUAGCACAUAACGUUCUGAGAACCAUAUGUUUCGUAGGGCUUGGUGAGAGUGUGGUUAUCCUGUUGGUUAUUUUGCAUACAACCAUCCCACAAUAAUUUUCUUGGUAUUUAUUACUUUAACAAAGUUUCCUAAAAGUUCAAACAUGGUUGGAUUUUAUUUCAAUUUUGAUAAUGUUUUAGGAAUGUUCUACAACUGGUAUGAAAAAAGUAUGAAAAUGUAUACACUCACUAACUGUGAGUCACUCUGGAUAAGAGCGUCUGCUAAAUGACUAAAAUGUAAAAAUUUAAAAUGUUUGACAUUGGGAAUUCUCACAUUGUUCUGGAGAACGUUAAGAAACAACGUCCUUCUGUGGAAGUAAUUCAGUAAUUCAGCAUAACAUUUCCUACAAGUUUCCUCAUGGUUCUUUUUAAAGUCAUGUUCUCAAAUUGUUCUGAGAACAUUAAGAAAACUUUCCAUAAAAAAAAAAAAACACAAGAAAACGUUAGUAACGUCCAGAGAACGUUCUAAGAAUGUUAUUUAAAAACAUCCAUUCCACUCUCAGAAUGUUAAAACUUUCCAUAAAAAACACAAAACUUUAUUAACAUUCAGAGAACGUUCUAAAAAUGUUAUUUAAAAACAUAUACAUUCCGUUCUCAGCAUCAACAAAACUACAUGUAUCUCUAUCCUCUAUCUUGUGUCGUGACGUGACUUACUUUAAUUCAUUGACUGUUAUUUAUCGAAUCACCUAACUAUGUUUAAUUGUCAGUCGAUUAAAUUAAUCAUGUAACAACUAACUCAUUAGGAAUUUGGGGCACCACGGAAUAAGUUGUUUAACGAGUUAUCAUAUCCCAAAUUAAACUCUUAGAUAUAUAUAUAAACUCAGCAAAAAAAUAAAUGUCCUCUCACUGUCAACUGCGUUUAUUUUCAGCAAAUUUAACAUGUGUAAAUAUUUGUAUGAACAUAACAAGAUUCAACAAUUGAGACAUAAACUGAACAAGUUCCAUAGACAUGUGACUAACAGAAAUUGAAGAAUGUGUCCCUGAACAAAGGGGGGGUCAAAUUCUAAAGUAACAGUCAGUAUCUGGUGUGGCCACCAGCUGCAUUAAGUACUGCAGUGCAUCUCCUCCUCAUGGACUGCACCAGAUUUGCCAGUUCUUGCUAUGAGAUGUUACCCCACUCUUCCACCAAGGCACCUGCAAGUUCCCGGACAGUUCUGGGGGGGAAUGGCCCUAGCCCUCAGACCAUGACGGACCCUCCACCUCCAAAUUGAUCCCACUCCAGAGUACAGGCCUCGGUGUAACACUCAUUCCUUCGACGAUAAACGCGAAUCCGACCAUCACCCCUGGUGAGACAAAACCGCAACUCAUCAGUGAAGAGCACUUUUUGCCAGUCCUGUCUGGUCCAGCGACGGUGGGUUUGUGCCCAUUGGCGACGUUGUUGCCGGUGAUGUCUGGUGAGGACCUGCCUUACAACAGGCCUACAAGCCCUCAGUCCAGCCUCUCUCAGCUUAUUGCGGACAGUCUGAGCACUGAUGGAGGGAUUGUGCGUUCCUGGUGUAACUCAGGCAGCUGUUGUUGCCAUCCUGUACCUGUCCCACAGGUAUGAUGUUCGGAUGUACCGAUCCUGUGCAGGUGUUGUUACACGUGGUCUGCCACUGCGAGGACGAUCAGCUGUCCGUCCUGUCUCCCUGUAGCGCUGUCUUAGGCGUCUCACAGUACGGACAUUGCAAUUUAUUGCCCUGGCCACAUCUGCAGUCCUCAUGCCAAAGGCACGUUCACGCAGAUGAGCAGGGACCCUGGGCGUCUUUCUUUUGUGUUUUUCAGAGUCAGUAGAAAGGCCUCUUUAGUGUCCUAAGUUUUCAUAACUGUGACCUUAAUUGCCUACCGUCUGUAAGCUGUUAGUGUCUUAACGACCGUUCCACAGGUGAAUGUUCAUUGAUUGUUUAUGGUUCAUUGAACAAGCAUGGGAAACAGUGUUUAAACCCUUUACAAUGAAGAUCUGUGAAGUUAUUUGGAUUUUUACCAUUUAUCUUUGAAAGACAGGUUCCUGAAAAAGGGACGUUUCUUUUUUUCCUGAGUUUUAUGUUAUAUAUCGAUAACAGUCACUUAUUCAAUAAUUACCUCUUUCAGUCUCAUUCUGAACGUCGCAUAAUCCUUGAACUUGCAAGAACCCUAACCUUAUUGAUGUAUCAGCAAUACACAAAUUGGCUAAAUUAUUUAUUUACUAACUAACUAAAUAAUAACACAAUACAAACACACACACACACACACACCUAGGUUAUUGGUUACAAACGUAAUACAAUAAAAAAAAUAGCAUGAAUGCUUGGGUAGCAGGAGGGUCAGAGACAGAGAUUCAAACUAUCGUGGUUACUUUGGAAACGACGAUCACGGAAAUACAAAUGCUUAAAACCCCACUAUCCGCUCAUUCGGAUUAGAAAUGCAACAUGUAUUUAUGUAUAGCUGUCCUCGAUAGCUGAGUUGAUGAUAUAGGACUCUGGUUUGCCCACCAGAGAUCCCAAUGUCCUUAGUAGAGUUUCUGGUCAUAGUGGUGGUUAGAAUUGAUACUUCAGCGUACCCUGUAGUUCAUACAGACGAUCUGUUAGAAUAGAUACUUCAGAUGUACCAACGGUUGUCUGAGAGGGAUUGUCCUUCCCAACUCGUGUCUUUAGUGAAAGUUCUCUAGACGACUAUACAUGCCUGUAAGGUUCUGUAUUUAUUUUCUUAGUUAACCUUGUGUUCUUGAACAUAGCCCUGUUUCUUUGUUUUCUUGAACGUAGCCCUGUCUUUCAUUUUUGUUCAUUGAUUUCACCUGUGUUAGUUACUCACCUGGUCUCAUUAGCUCCUUAUUUAGUUCAGUUCAUUCUGUUUGUGAGGUAUUGUUCGUUUUGCCUCCACUAAGCCUUUUCCUAGCUCGUUUGUGAGAACCAGUUAUAGACUUCAGUCCUAGUUUUUGAUUAUCCUGCCUGUUUGCUACCUGUGUAUGACCAUUGCCUGCCUGUGACCAUGAUUCCUGCCUUUUGCGAAGGCAAAAUAAACACCUGCCGCGCUCUGCGCGUGAAUCUACACCUUUUUCUCCCUGAGUAUUCAUUACAAUGCCAGCUGCAGACUGAGAUGAUAAGGUCUAGUGUGUUGUCUUCUUCUUCACCUCGUGUAGAGGUAGAGAGUUUCAGAGUUUCACCAUUUUGUCAUAUUCAGCUCGCACUGCAUGUUGGCUGGUCUGUAGAGUUUAACCAUUUUGUAACGUUUAACUCACGCUUCACGUCUGCUGGUCUGUAGCGUGUCAACCAUUUUAAGGGGCUUCCUGGUCUAACCAUUUUAAGCCGUGUAGCUUCAGCUUCACGCUUCCUCGUCUGGUAGAAAUUCAACCAUUUGCAACAUCCGGUUUAUACCGUAAUCUGCUUGGUCUGAGGUGAAUUUCGUCACGAGGGGUUUUAUACUUGAGUAGAAAAGGGGGCGUUUCAUCAUGUUUGUGCUCAUCUGGGCGUGGCCAAUGACUGAGAACAAAUCAAUAUGGAAAACAGUCAUCUCAUCUAGAAUGCUAAAAUCACAUCGUUAUCUUCACAAAAUUAUUAUUAUACUUAAUCAUUCGUUUUGUACAACAAUUAGAUGCAAACCUCAUCACUGGGAAGUGUACACCCCCAGAGAUACAGUUAUGUUGUUCCACCGUCUUUAAUGACAUCACAACAUAGUAACGAAUUUGACAUGAUUGUUCUUUAAGUCCCCACCGACCAUUUCCCACUUUCUUUGAAGUAGGAAUAUUGUUUCAUUAUCCACUUUUGGAUGUCGGAGUCUUGGCGGGAAGACUUCCUUUGUUCCACAGGGAAAUUCCCUCUCCAAAUACUGCAUGGCAUGGAAAAUAACAUUUCUUUAAGGAAUUUACGACCAGUCAUAAAACUGCCCCCCAGGAAAGGGGGUGUUCAAACUUUUGCCUAGCCGGCAUCUUUGAUCCUCAACCUAUGAGGGCAAGUCAUGACACUUGUUAAGUGUUUUCAGCUGUGGCCACUAAUUGGCCACACCUGAUCUUAACGAGUGCUUGUUUCCUUUGAAAUGGAUAGACAUCAGAAAAUCAUAGGUUCGAAUUGCACUGACAUGGUGCCACAAUAAAAAAUAAAUGUGUUUGCAUGAUUAAUGCCUAAGCAAAUGAAUUUCCAUGUGUGUUUGGAAUUCAAAACAGUUAGCCUAAGCUAGCAGUGUUAUUAAAAGUCUUAUUGAAACAUGUUCUCAGAACGUUAUUUAAUAAUUACCUUCAAAUAACCUAUCAUUUCCAUUCUCAAAUCGUUAAUAAAGCCUCCCAGGUAAACUUUCAGGGAACCAUAAUAAAACAUUCCCAGAAUCUCCCUGCAACCUAAGAAUUAACGUUCAAAUAACAGGCAACAUUUUCACUUCAAGUUCUCAGAAUGUUUAAAAAACUUUCAGUUUUACCGGUCAGGAAAUGUAUGGCGUCAUUCCCAGAACUAAUGGGAAACCAAAAACGUAUGUUCCCACAACUUCCAAGGAACCAAAUGUGCUAGCAGGGUACCUACAGUACUUUAAAAUAUGGUGGUGGAUCUUUGAUGUUAUGGGGCUGUUUUGCUUCCACUGGUCCUGGGGCCCUUGUUGAGGUCAACGGCAUCAAGAACUCUACCAUGUACCAGGAUAUUUUAGCCAAAAACCUAGUUGCCUCUGCCAGGAGGUUCAAAUUGGCCACAAGUGGAUCUUCCAGCAAGACAAUAACCCCAAGCACACAGCAAAAUCCACAAAGAAAGGAUUAAUUGACCACAAAAUCCACAUUUUGACAAUGGUCAUCUCAAUCUCCGGACUACAAUGCCAUUGAAAACCUGUGGUUUGAAUUGAAGGGGGCAGUCCAUAAGCGCAAACCAAAGGAUAUCAAGGAUCUGGAAAUAUUCUGUAUGGAGGAAUGGUCUAAGAUCCCUCUCAAUGUGUUCUCCAAUCUCAUAAAACAUUUUACAAAAUAGCUCAGUGCCGUUAUCCUUGCAAGGAAAGGAUGCCGGAGUAUUCAAAACAGGGGUGCCAAUCAUUUUGAAACCUAUAUUUUUGAGAUUUUAUUUUUAGCACUUGUUAAACAAAAUCUAUUUCUCUGAGCAAUUGUAUUAGUCUAAAAUAAUAUAUAUUUUUUGAGCUUACAAUAUAGCUCAGUAUUUGUCUAAUUUAUUUUAUACCGGGUUUUUUGCUCAUCUUUAUCAAGGAUGCUAUUCAUUUUGAAGGCGACUGUAUGCAGUGAUAAUGAUGUGAACGGGCCAUGAUGGGUGCAGAGUGUUAACCACAUGUUUGAGAUGGCUCAGUGUCCUUUUAGUCCAUCAGUCAAACCAGCACCAAUCUGCAGAGAAUACUAAUGUUUUGAUCUUUAGAGUACUCCUCACAGGAAUGGCAGUUACAGAGAAAUGUUACAGAGAAUCAGAAAUGUCACAUAGGAAGCAAAAAUCUACAUUUUUCAAGAAAGUUGUUCAGUCAUGUUCUCCGGAUUCAUUCAGUGGGGUCUAAAAGCCUGGUAGGGUUGAAAAUCCACAGUCCUGAGCUGAACUUUGUUUCUUUAUCCCUGCCCUCCACUCUACGUACACGGUCAGUGGAGUGCCUUAACUACUGUAUCUAGCCACAAGUUGCAUGAGUAUGAGUAAUCACCACAGAUGGUUUAGAUAGAAUGUACUGUAUUUACUACUGAAGCUGAGUAGUAUUCAUGCAGAGAUGCCAAGCUGUGGACCCCAGUUACUCCGAAAUCCCAAUUGCUCCCAGUUGUCCUCUAUAUAGGGUCUGUUAGUCUUUGUAGCAGAGCUUGGUACUGUACACACAAGACAGGCUGACAUGAUUCCACAUGUUGUUACUAUCAACCAGGAGUCCCAAAGUAUAAUAGCCCCUAUAUGGUUCUUUAGUCACUGCCUCAGGAGCAGUGGAGGACAGCAGAACAGGGCCACUGCCACUGAGGGAAUUUGUUCUCAGCUGGUCUGUGGUCAGGUCUUAUUUGCCAGGGACCACAGCAGCACUCACAACCUCAUUAAAUAGGCCGAUUACAGAUCAAGAUGGCAUAUCAUUGGCAUUGCACAGUCAGAGGUGCUAUUAGCUGAAGUACAUUUAUAUUUGGCAGUGUCUCUGUUUAGCUGCCUGCUUUGAAGUGACACAGAAAUUGACCCUUUUCCCCAAAGAAGUGAUCGAGAAAUCUUUUUUUUAUUUUCAGCUACAACAAGAUUGAGAUAAUUUAUUAUAAUGUGACAUUUAUUGUAUCAUCUCUCAUCCUAGCUGGCCUUAAUGGUCAGGUGAAGCUGCCCUACACUAGUGUGAUUGGUUGAUUCCUAUGGGUUUUUUAAAGACACCAUACACUCCGACAUUACAUUAGAGUACAUUACAGCAUCUCCACUACCUUUGUGCACAGAUCCAAUCAUGCAUCAGAUUAUGUAAUAAUAUAUUUCCAGGAAUAAACAGAAGUGGUAAAUGAGUAACGAUUGAGAUCAUGGGAGUCAAGUAACAGAAAUGCUAUAAUACAAAAAAAAAAACACAUUUAGCGUAAUAGGAGGCUAAACGAUAUUCACAAAAAAAGGUGCAUAAAAUGCUUUGACCCUCCACUGACUGGCAUCACUUUGUAUAUUACAGUAUCAUAUCAACAGGGGUGUAAAUACAGUGUUCCCUCCCUUCUGAUGAUCCUUAAUGGCCUCCUGUGACUUUAACCAGUUCUCUGAUCCCACACUGCCGAUCUGUGGUCCAUCAGGCCACAAUAAAUGGCCAUCUCUGUCAUUCUGAUGUGCAUUUGUGGCCCGCUGUGUCAGCCCUGUGCCUCACAUCUUCAAUUAAUACAGGGGAUACAGAUAGGCAGUGUUCUAAUCUCUACUGCAUGCAGUGUCACUGUUUCUAUAUCAGUGGCGCUGAAACAGAGCGGGCCCACCAUGACAGGAAAGGAGAGGAUGAGUGUGGAGUUUUUGUGAGGGUGUGUGUGAGGGUGUGUGUGUGGGUGCAUGUGUGUGUGUUUAAGAGACUGAUCACUCCAGUGUCUGACAGCUCCACUUUUCCCCACAGAAGACUACUCCUCGUCUCUGGAGGACCAUAGCUCCUCCUCUGUCCCAGCCUCCCCCGCACCCCGGACCCUCUCCGGCUGCCCCGCCAGCCCCAGCACUCCCCCAGCUGCCCAAUCAGUGGCCUGCUUUCAGACCUCUCUAUCAAACCCCAGGCAACCGCAGGUCCCGCUGCAGGUGGCCCGGGAGUGCCCUCAGAGUGCCAAGCCACCCAGCGGCUCUCUGUCUGGGGUGAGCGACGACUCGCCAUCCGUCUGCCCCCACAUUCAAGACAAGCAGCAGCUUGGGCCCGCCGGCCGCGCAGCCAGCAGAGCUGCCAAACAGCAGAGGAUCACCCGUCGUCGGGCAACCAAUGGCUGGCUGCCUGUGGGCGUGCCCUUCAAGAGGGAGGUUUUCACUGUGGUAUGUGUUGCUGUGUUAAAGGGAUAAUCCACCCCCAGAAAUAAAAAUCAUGAAACUCCUGUCAAUUUGGUGAAAGCCUAUGUUUUAUCAGUAGGUAAAAUAACAAUAUUCCCCUUGAUUUAACUUCUAAGUGGUCCGUCUGUGAAAUCAGGAAAUCGUGUAGGAACGCGACAUAGCUACUGUACAUGGUUCUCGUCACUGGAGAUAGGGGAUCACACUAUCACAUUUCAUAACGCUUUUAAAACAAAUACCUGCACUCCAGAUCAUCAAAUCAGCCAAUAGAUGGUAUGGGCAUAGUUAUCUAGAACAGCGAUUCUCAACUGGUGGGAGCAUUUGAAUGGGUCGCUGGUGUCAAAUUUUUUUUAAAAAUAAUAAUAAUAAUUUAAUGAAAAAAUAUUCCAGUCUGAACUUAAGUGACUUAAACCAGGUAGAAAGUGUGUAGAAAUUAUAAUGAAUUGACAUUUUUAAAUAAUUUUAUCUAUGAACAAUCUUUCUUCAAUAACUGUAUUUUUAAUAUAGAGCUAUUAGCAGCCCCAUUUUGGUUGAUUUUGUGGUCUCAAACCAGUGAGUUUAUUAACAUUCUUCACCAAGAUUAUGGGCAAAAUGUUGUUCCCUUGUCAUGUAAUUGCUACAUUUAAUAUCAAUAUAGCAUUUAAAAUAUACUGAAAAAAUAUAUAAACGCAACAUGAAGUGUUGGUCCCAUGUUUCAUGAGCUGAGGUAAAGGAUCCCAGAAAUGUUCCAUACGCACUAAAAGCUUAUUUUUCUUGUGUGCACAAAUUUGUUUACAUCCCUGUUAGUGAGCAUUUCUCCUUUGCAAAGAUAAUCCAUCUACCUGACAGGUGUGGCAUAUCAAGAAGCUGAUUAAACAGUAUGAUCAUUACACAGGUGCACCUUGUGCUGGGGACAAUAAAAGGCCACUCUAAAAUGUGCAGUUUUGAGGGAGCAUGCAAUUGGCAUGCUGACUGCAGGAAUGUCCACCAGAGCUGUUGCCAGAGAAUUGAAUGUUCAUUUCUCUACCAUAAGCCUCCAACUUCGUUUUACAGAAUUUGGCAGUACGUCCAUCCGGCCUCAAAACCGCAGACAACGUGUAACCACGCCAGCCCAGGACCUCCAGAUCCGGCUUCUUCACCUGCGGGAUCAUCUGAGGGGGUGCUGAGGAGUAUUUCUGUUUAUAAUAAAGCCCUUUUGUAGAGAAAAACUCAUUCUGAUUGGCUGGGCCUGGCUCCCCAGUGGGUGGGCCUGGCUCCCCAGCGGCUGGGCCUGUGCCCUCCCAGGCCGACCCAUGGCUGCGCCCUUGCGCAGUCCUGUGAAAUCCAUAUAUUAGGGCCUAAUGAAUUUAUUUAAAUUAACUGAUUUACUUCUAUGAACUGUAAAUUCUUUGAAAUUGUUGCAUGUUGCGUCUAUAUUUUUGUUCAGUAUAGUUUUCCAGAUUGUAUUUUGUCGAUUAUAUUUUGCGAUUCGAAUAUUGGGUCGCGAUAAUUUGGGUCCCGAGGCAAAACCAGUUGAGAACCACUGGUCCAGAACACAGCCAUCCGUCUAUAUCAUUAUGACAAAGUAUAUCUUUCGCUUAGAUGUGCUCAAUCUAAACAGUCCACCAAAUUAUUCAAUUCAGUUUCUCCUUCAAGUACCAUCUCGCAAUGCGCCCUGUGUGCCUGUGGGAAAUGUGGGAAAGGGCCAUUGUUGCCAUUGCAAUGUACUCUGCACUCACUCUGGGCAGAGAGGAACUGCAAGUUGAACUCAGUGUGAUAGACUCCUAAAUAGAUAGAGCAGUUUGUUUAGGCAAUUUUACAGCUAGCUAGCUACUUCACAUGCUGAUAUUUACUUUGGUAUUAUUGUGUGUAGCUACGUUUGCUAGCUAGCUACCUAGCUAGCCCAGAGAGAGAGCAUUGCAUUGUGGGUUUUGUAAUCUACGUGAGCUGCAACAGAUUUCCACAACGAUUUUCACAUGUUGCUACCAACCUUGUUACAACAACAAAAUGAAACAUUUCUUCACAAAAUGUUGUUGUUUUCACAUAUUAGUGUUAUUUAACACUGUUCAACACUGGAAUUAGUGAUUUGGGGUGGAUUAUUCCUUUAAGAGAUAUUGCUUGUACCUUGUAAGGUAGCUAGCUGAGGCUACAGAGUAUUAUAAUUCGUACUCUAAAGAUAAACUUUGUCUGAAUGCAUGUAUGAUAUUAUUACACAUCAUGUGCUUAGCAUGUGCUUGCAUGUACUAAUAACAUUGCUAAUAGUAUGUGGCAACAACGGUGAUAUAUUGACUAUGUUUCCAGGGGGAGGAGACAACAGUAUUGCGCAAAUGUUUCGAAGGGGUCAAGCGGGAUGGGGAGGUCAUUCGGGUUCGAGACACAGUCCUACUGCGCUCUGGCCCCAGGAAGAAGUCUCUGCCCUAUAUAGCCAAAAUCUCAGCCCUGUGGGAGGACUCAGAAUCUGGUGAGGGCGCCACCUUUUUUACACAAAGCUAAACUGACACAGAUGGAUGAAAAACUAAACUAUAGCCAUGUUUAAAACCAUAGACCCACAGGUUCAAAUAGUAUUGAGCUUGAUUGAGCUUGCCUGGCACACUGGAACUAAUGAAAUAGUCCCAAAAGUACAAAACCUGCCCAUCUUUCAUUCCAGGCAGGAAUCAAACGCUCAAAACAUUAGAAUGAAAACAAAUACCAUUUGAACCAAGGUCUGUUAAACAGACCAUUGUUUGCCGCAUAAUCAUUUAUAGAAUGUGACAAAACGUGAAAUAUUAUGGAUCCCUACCCAUCACCGGAUGGAAUCCCUACCCAUCACAAUUCGAUACAACCUUAGUUAUCCUCUUCUCACUCUGAAAAUUGUGUGUGUAUACUCAGGAGAGAUGAUGAUGAGCCUGUUUUGGUACUACCGCCCAGAACACACACAGGGAGGCCGCAAUCCCAGCACACACUGUGAGGUGAGUUCGCAGAAAGCCGAGUUCACACUGUGUGGCUGCCAUCCACAAUGUUUGUCCAGCCCCAGCCUGGUUCUCCAUAGGGAAUGAGAUGGCAAACACAUUGCUUCCGUUGAAUUAUGUAUUUCCCGGAGAAAUAGGCUACAGGCUUCCCGUUGUCAAUAUCCCUCAGGAACAAACAUACUUUGUUCACCCAGGCUAGAAAUAAUAAACAUCAGCCAUAUUCACAACCCACUGGGCACAGACGUCAAUUCAACGUUUAUUCCAUGUUAGUUCAACGUAAUUUCAUUGAAAUGACGUGGAAAAAACGUUGAUUCAAUCAGUGUGUGCCCAGUGGAAAUGAUCUGCGAGAGAGCUAGGUUGUGUUCGGCAGGGAGAAAAACAUUUUGAAACAGGGAGGCACCAACUGAACUUGUCCAAUGAAAACACUGAUUUUCAUUACCUGUUGUAAAAGGUUUUGCUACAUUGUGCCCUACUUAAUACCCUAAGCUUUGAGAAGACCAAAGCUACUGCUUUGCUCUACUAAAGCCUCUGUAAGGAUAACUAGCUAGGAUUAAAUCAAGACACAUUUUUGAUUUCCCAUGACUGUGUGAUUUCCUGAUGGGAAGUGGGUUUUGGUGAUGAUGUCAGAAACACACAGUUAGGGGAUUCCUCUUUAUAUUAAAGGGAUAGUUCAGUAAUAACAUAUUUUGAUACAUGUAAAUAUGUAAAAUUGCUGAAAUAUCCCUUUAAGCAAGGUAUUUGUUUUGGUUCAUAAGUGAAGAUUCACGCAUCAUUUUCUUCCGCCUUGUCACCUGACUUCGUUUCCAGAAUGAGAUUUUUGCAUCUCGGCAUCAGGACCAGAACAGUGUGGCCUGCAUUGAAGACAAGUGCUACGUUUUGACGUUAGCACAGUACUGUAGGUAAGAUGUCUGUUUUUCGCUGAUGGGAGAUGGGGUGUGAGAAUGAAUAGGAUGUGGGAGUCACAAGAUGUUGAGUGGAUUGUAUUACAUUGUAUCUGUUGCAUUGUGUUUGUUCACUUAUUUUUCUCUGUGGGCUAUUCUAAGAUGUUAAAGGGCAAUUCCACCACUUUACAACCUCAUAUUAAUUAUCUCCAGCACCCUACAAGUGUCUAGAUAUGUAAAAACUGUGCGUUUUUAUGAUCUGUGGUUAAAAAGACAAAAACAAAUGCUUCUCUGUGACAUCACAAGGUAGUAUUAUAAGUACGAAAAACUGUGAUUUUCAAAACCAUCAACGAGUUCCUAGCCAGAGGGAGGGUAUUUUCUUGCUCUCCACGUAACCGUGAAUCUCAUAGUUUUCACAAAUGUUUUAACUUCUGAUGACGUCAUCGGGAGGAACUUUUUGAAUGUUAUAUAUUUUUCUACAAAACGUAGAAAUGUGCCGUUUUCACAUAUGUAGACACUGGUAUUGUGCUGGAGAUAAUGAAAAUGAGGUUGAAAGGUGGUGGAAUUGCCAUUUAAGUAUUUGGGUGGUCUUCUUGACAUGGUGUUUCAGAUUUUGUGCCUUGGUGAAACGUCGCGGGGAGGGUCUCCCUGAAAGUGCCACCAGAAUGGUGCCGCCUUGUGUUGAAAACGGCACCCCUGCCCACCGCUGUGUGCCCACGGACAUCGACCCCAACCUGGUGUUUGUUUGUCGCCACGUCUACGACUUCCGCUACGGGCGCAUCCUGAAGAACCUGCAGUAG